AUGCUUCCAUCUGUGUGCGUGUUUGUGUGGCUGAUUCAACCCGCAGGCUUGAGCAUGGGCGGCACGAUUGCCUGGCUGUGCGCCGCUGCCGACCCGCGGGUCGCUGUGGUGGCGCCGGUGCUGGGCGUGCAGAGCUUUGGCUGGGCGCUGGAGCACAACGCCUUCCAUGGCCGCGUGGAAAGCACGCCGCUGGUGUACCAGGCUGCUGCGGAUGAGCUGCAGGGCUGCAAGGGGGGCAAGGUGGAUGCUGAGGCGGUGCGAGCGGUGUGGUGCAAGCUGAUGCCGGGUAAGCCCCGUGAAUGGAUAGCCCCGUGUGUUAAGAAAUCUGGCCGCGAGUAGGAACGUACUGUGAUUGUCGGAAGAUGAAAUCCCCACAAAACCGCCGCACAGCCCUGUGUGUGUGUUAUACUUAUACCGUGCAGUAUAUACUAGCUAGCGACGAACCGUAAUGCUGCUAUUUUGUUGUGUUCCGUAAAAGACUCUCGUGCAAGCUGCACCCACGCUGCGCCCUUGCGUCUCUCUGUCUCCAUGACGAGAUGUGCUCCAGCCCUCAGCUCCCAGCCCCUUCCCACCCGCCUCUCCAACCCUUCGUCCUGCUUCCCACCACCGGUCAGCCCUGUUUCCUCGCGGCUUAUGCUACCCCUCCCUGUCUGGCACGCCGCCAUCAUCCCCGGUAUGGCACGGUCAGGAUCUGUAAUUUCCGCGGCUCAGUUUACCUACCCUGUUAACCCCUCCCUGUCCUCUCCCGCACCCGCCAGGCCUCCUAACCGACUACGACGCGCACCUCUCGCUGCCCGUCAUCGGCAUUCGGCCGCUGCUGGUGGCUACCGGGGAGCUGGACCCGCGCUGUCCGCUGCAGGGGGUACUGCAGGCGGCGGAGGCGGCGACAGUGCCGUACGAGGAGUGGGCAAAGGAGGUACGACGAGUGCAGCGGGAAGCGGAGGAGGCGCGAG